GGCGGGGCCCUGGGGCUGCCGAGCCGCGCGUGCCGCCCCGCCGCCAUGGAGGCGCUGGCGCGGGGGCGGCGGGGGCUGCCGGGCGCGCAGGAGCCGCAGCCGGGAGAGCCGGAGCGCAAGCGAGUGUGCAAGCCCUUAGAAGCUGUUCCAAAUGAGGUCGAUGCUCGCCUCAUUGACUGUGCUAUGGAGCUGGAUUCUAAACAGAAAGCCUCCUCUGGCUGUGGUCCUUGGGCUACAAAGACAAAGCAAAACUCAAUGAUUUUUGAAAACCAAGGAAGCAGAGGUACUGCCCAGCCUUGCCCAAGAUGUAUUGCUGGAGAAUCUGGACACUUCAGUCAUAUCCUGGGCUGCUAGAGACGGACAGACAGCAGAUAAGCAGCGCUGCUUUCCCUGUUAGGUUCUGGAAGUGCACCUGUGAGCAGUGUACAGCUGGAGUAGGUUCACUCAUGGCAAACGUUCUGCACUCUGCUCUGUGUUACCCUUCCAUCACACAGUUGGAUGCCACUGUUUUUACUCUUGAAAAAACGCUUUUGUACUUAAGGUAUCUCAUAUGUAUGAAAAGAUAUGUAUUUGGUUUGACUUUUUGGAGCAGUUAAGCUGAUUUGGUCUUUGGCCCAGUCUUCACCUGGCCCUGGGCCAAAGGUCAUGCUGAUACAAGGUGUUUCACUGUCUCACUUGGGCACUUUCUCUCAUACUCUUGGAGGUUGUCCUUGUGUUCACAUUGGUACCGGGCCUGCACUUUUAGCUCAAUUGUAUAUAAGCAGGCAGAAAUGGGAGGACUCUUCGGUUCUACACAGAGAGCUGAUCAGCUUGACAGCUAUGCAAAGGCCAGUAAAAACCCUAUUGAAACUUACUUUGUUGUAAAAUCCAGAAUAUGCAUCCAUUUCAGGUAUCUUUCCUACAUGCCAAACUCUUACUUGAUUUACAAUAAGCACAGUUUGUGAAUGUGACAGAUAACUAUCUGAAAGAAAAAAAUCAGUAUUAUUUGAACAACGUUAUUAUGCAAAGGUGAGUGGUGCUUCAGAUCUACACAGUCCUCUCAAAUUGCUGAAGAUACCAUCUGAUGCUCUGGGAUUCCUUCUUUCCAACCGUUGUGAUGCUAGAACAAGUCUGUUUCAGCUUGUUACCCAACUUGAUCUUAGUGGCUUGCCACAGAUAAUUUAAUCAACAUUUGAGCCGUCUGCAGGCCUGUGUAAUUUUUAAACACCUGCAGGUUUUAAACUCUUAAGGUAUCCAAGUUGUGUUAUUUGGAUGUGACACUUCACUGGCUGCUCUGGAAUGGAGCUGGCUGCUGUUCAGAACAGAAUAGCAGUGCUUACCCUCUGCACUGGAUGGAAAUGGCUGUGACCCACCAAAGUUCAGGAAGAAAGCAAUCUCCCCUGUCAGGAGAAGUGUCCCCUGUUCCUAUGGAGCCUUUGGGGAGGGUUCAGCCCACCAGGCAGGCAGAGCAGCUUCCAGCCUCUCCUGCUCUGAGGGCAGGCACUACUCAGUGUAGAUUAAAAUGGUAGCUCUGAAGCUGCAAAAAUCUAGUAACAGGCUUUUAAAGGUCACUAUCCCAGUGGCAUUUAUCACACUGUAAUAUUCUUAGAGAAAUCUUAUCAUAGUCCUAGAACACUUCCCAUAUUGUGUGUGGAGUUGUAGCUAGCACUGAGUUGACUUUUAUUAACAAGAUAAUCUUCCUAAAUAGAUGAAUAUCAUAUGAAUACUGAAUUCAGUUAAGCGACAGAUGGGGAGAUAAGUUUAUUAAGCAGAGCUGCACUAAAUUGGCAUCCAGAAAGUUUGGUUAGGAAAGAAUGAAUUUCCUCCAAUCCCAUACAAAUUUAAGUUCCCUUGGAAAUGAAUCAUGGCAAAGUGGGAUUGGAUCGGAUGAUCUCCAGAGGUUCCCCUGAUCCCUGUGAUUCUGUGGUUCUGCCAGCUGUUUCAAACACCCCACAGUUUCCUUCAGUGAUAGAAGCAGUACAGUCUGCUCAAAGAUCAAAUCACUGAGAAGCACAAUGGUUUUAGAAGGUUGUGUUACCUUGAAGGUAAGAAAUUCAUCUUGAGCUCUCCAGCUCCCAGUUCAGGUUGAUACAAGCAGUAGUAUCUAUCCAUGCUAGAAAGGAACAUAUGCUCAGUUGAAAUGAUAGUAGUGCCUGAGCAAAUUCCCAUAUCCUGACAGUACAGUUUAUCAACUAGUGCAAAAUGGCAAUGUAAAAUGGUUUCUAAAGACACUGCUUGCUCUGCAAUAGCAUAUUUGUUACUGGGCAGCCAGGCUAUGCUUUGUUGGCAGUUCAUUUUAACAAGAUUUUCCAGUUGUUUUUUUACAAAUCCUGGUAGCAAUGUCAGCCAGGAAAAAAAAGAUGGCUGAGCUUCAGUUUCUGUGCUGUAAAAACUGAAAUAGUUACUCUGAAUGUAGAAGGCUGAAAGGUAUCUAAAAGUUUAGUCACUGCAAAAUGACUCAGAACCUAUUGGGUGCAACUGAGUUCAAUGCUUGAACGCAGCUGUUAGCAGAACAGUACGUAGUCAAAAUUUAAGGUCUCUUAAGAAGAGAAAUUACGUCUGGACUUGGUCUUGGGGAAGUUUUCUGAUGGAAUACACUGGACCGAAGAAGCACCAUAUUGUUUUUAAUGCACGGGCAAUACACUAUGAACCAUCACACCGAGAGGAUGAUUUUCCAUUUAAAUGGAUCGCAGUGCAUAUAUUUCUUCUGUUAGCUAAAAGCCUGACUGUAUUUUAGUCAAUAGAAUACAGUCAGAAUGAGAACUAAUUGAUUCUCUUUACAAUCCCUGUAGCUCCUAUCACGCUCUUUGCAAUCCUUCUCCUUUCAGAGUAACCAUUACUUGGUUUUUGUAAGGUGCCACCAUACAUAACUCCCAGGGUUGGUCAUAGUUCCUCCUGGCUGCAUCACAGAGCCCUGAUGAAGUCACACUCUGUUCGAUUUUAAUGCAAUUUCUUCAUAUCAGUCUUCUCAUUGUUACUGUGCACUGUGCAGGUAUUUUAUUACCCUGUCCACAGUGACUCUCAGCUCUGUCCUUGGAGAUUACUGCAUCUCUACAGCUCAAGAAAAUAGGAGAACUCUGUACUAUUUUUAACCUGCAGUGUGAACAUGGGCCCGUGGUACCUUCUUUGCACUGCUCGAAAUGUAAUGCUGCAUUUUAUAUCAGAUCUAAUUGAUCAGUAGCUGUUAUUUGUGUGAAUAGUUUGAAUAUCUAAAUGCUAUAGAAAAGAAACAUGAGUAGAAUUGUCCCAGGUUGGGUCUUUGUUUAACUGCAGCCUUUUGCUUUCCCCAGGAACACAAUACAGGGUAUGUCAGAGCAAUUCCAUGGCCAGGGAGUAAAUUCAUUAGCAGGGAGUAGAGAUACCCUAUCUAGUUUUGAUAGCAGCUCCCUCCUUUUGGUAGCCCUUGAGUUGACUUGGGGUUAAAACAUAAACAAGAAACCACUCUCCGCAUAAACUUCAAAGUGAAUCCUUAGGAAGGAUGUGAUUGCUUGCCCCAUGCCUUUUAAUGGGCAAGAUGCAUUUAUGAAUCAGCAACGACACAAAUGAGUUGCAGCUGAAAUAGCUCAGCAGAGUGAAGACCUGCUAUUUUAUUCCAUAGCUGUGCUGUAUUUGUGGUCUCGGAGCAGUGCUGCAGCAGGUGCAGCUGAGGGCCGUGCAGUUGGGGGUGGUGAAUGUUCCUUUAAAGCAGAUGGGUGUCAGAUCUGCAGCAAAACCUCAGAACUAUUUUUGUAGGACUUUUCUUCACCUUGUACAGCUGUGACGUUUUGGUUUGUUGAUAAAUAUGAUUCUUUAUCUUUCUUAAUGCUGUGGUUUGAGCACAAAAUAACCUAAAAUAUACUUUAUUUAGGUGUAUAUAGUAAAACAAAGCAUACGGCCAGUUUUUAAUGCAGAUAAAAAUGAUACCAUAUUUUUAACUUUGUAUUUUAUAAGUUGUUGCAAAAGCAGAAGCAUUAAACCCACCUUUGGCUACAGUA